GUAGAAAACAACUGGGGCUACCGCUCUUUUAUCCUGAUGUACCGAUCAGAGCAUAUGGCUCAACAGUUGUGUUUGAUUGAAAAGACGGUGUUGUUGGAUGUAAAUUGGGAGGAGAUGGAAGAAGAUUUGUUUGGACGGCAGAACAACGAUAUAAAUUACACACGCCGGACGCGUCAAAUUCAGCUGACACGCAAGGAUCACGGUGGUGUCGAGCAGGUUAUCAAACGGUUCAAUGCGGUCUGUCUUUGGGUGGCUAGUGAGAUUGUACGGACGCGUCAGAUCGAUGAACGCGUGCGGGUUAUUGAGAAGUUUAUCCGCCUAGCUCAAAAAUGCAAACUGUUCUGCAACUUUGCUACGCUCGUGCAGAUUCUUUUGGGACUUCAAUCUCCUUCUGUAUCUCGCCUUCGAAAAACAUGGUCGCGGGUUGGUACGUCUGAGAUGAAACUCCUAGACCAGCUCUCGGCUUUUACGUCCCCUAUGAGGAAUUGGAAAUCCAUCAGAGAUAGUAUGAUGAUGAUAAAGUUGCCGUUUGGUGGUUGCAUUCCGUUCCUGGGGAUUUACUUGUCUGAUCUCAUCUAUCAGGCCAAUACUCAGAACACGCCCAUUUCUCCUGUAUUGAAACAAUCGCUGGUCAAUUUCAGGAAGCACAGAAUUAUUGCUACUGUGAUCAAGCGAGUGCUUACGUUUCAGAAUCUGGCGCGUCGAUAUUCGUUCGAGACCCGUGAGGCAUUGAAUGAUCUUUGUUUCCAAGUCGAUGCCUUGACAACCGAGAAGAUUCGAGAACUGAGCCUUGAGAUCGAACCAGCCUAAUUACUUUCUAUUAUACACGUUUACACUUAUUCACUAAUUAGAUAUAUACAUACACAUACACAUACACAUACACAUACACAUACACAUACACAUAAUCAUAAUCAUAAUCAUAAUCAUAAUCAUACUCAUACUCAUACUCAUACUCAUAUACAUAUACAUAUACAUAUACAUAUACAUAUACUUAUUACUUAUUACUUAUUACUUAUUACUUAUAUAAUUUUUUAUACAUUAAAAAAGGGCUGUUUUUUUUAUUACAUUG